AUGUCCGCGACCAUCGAAGAGGUUACUUCUGAUCACUCCGAACAUGAACAUGAACAUGAUCAUGAACAUGAACAUGAGGAGGACCCCACUUCGCAGGCCGCCCUCGAUAAAAUCCAGUCACGCUCUGAACGAAAAGCUAGAAAGGCGCUGCUGAGUCUUGGAUUGAAGAAGGUCCCUAGCAUCACUCGCGUCACCCUUCGCCGACCAAAGAAUCUCCUGUUCGUCCUCUCGGCACCCGAUGUGUACAAGUCCACGAACAGCGACACCUACAUCGUUUUCGGUGAAGCUCGUGUCGAGGAUAUGAACUCGCAGGCUCAGAUGUCGGCGGCUCAGCAGCUUGCAUCUGGCGGUGCAGCCCCGGGGGGUGUUUCAGCCCUGGAGAACUCGGGCGCGGGCGCCGAUGGCGACGACGACGAGGACAUCCCCGAUCUCGAAGCUCCUGAAGACGAUAGUCCCGUUGACGAAACAGGUGUUGAUCCAAAAGAUAUCGAGCUGGUUAUGGCUCAGGUCAACUGCUCGAGGGCAAAAGCUGUUCGCGUCCUGAAAGAAACUGGUGGUGAUCUGAUCAAUGCCAUCAUGGCUGCCAGCGAAUAA